AUGCGUGAGCGGCUGCCAAAAAAGCUUGUCCUUUCGUCGCACGACGAGUUCGUGCUGGUGCAUUCUCGUGAGAACCCGUUCGACGGUUUCACCAACAUAAUUGGCUUGACCACAAUGACAAUUGAUACGGUAAAUGCCACCGGAGUUUCAGUAAACGGGUAUUGGGUCUUUAGGCUGCACCAGCAGUAUAAGGUAUUGCCAAUAGAGGAGACUAUAAGGCAUUGCUCGCCAGUGUGUUGGUCCUGGCUGUCCCAUUGGUUUGCUUCCUUUGGCUCCUCGCCUGCAUUUUUCGACGAAUGCGGCAGGGUAUCCAUUUAUCGUGAACAGUUUCCACAGGAACUUGACCUCGGCCGUCUUGUCGGCUGGUUCGCUGCAAUGGGUUUCUACUCGAUGAUGUAG